AGUCGCUUUCCCGCGCUUCAUCCUGACAGGAAUCUCAGAGCAGCUGCUUCACCGCUUCACGGAGAUGUUCGGACGAGAUAAAUAAAGAGAAAUGAAGAAAAAUGGACGAACUGGAACAUCGCAGCAGCUUUCCUCCACAUCCUUCUGCUUGACUGGAGACAUGUGAGUGUGUUUUGUCCAUUCUGGAGGUCUUUUUAGUGUAGUUUAGUGUAGUUAAAGAGACUCGAUGUGGAGGAUGAAGUUCUGAUGUUCUGACAGGGUUCUUCUCACUUUACUGUAAUAUCAUGUUGGAUUUCACUCUCACACGGAAAUAAACAGGUUUUUCUCGACAUCUCUGGAAGUUUUGGAAAGGUUCAUUUCUGUAAGAUGUCUUUUGUUUUGGACUCUAUAAGGCUGUCACUGUAUAAAGACGACUUUAUUAUUUGUGUCAUAAAUGUUUGUCAGCUUUGCGCCAACAUGUUGAGGGAAAAGAUAACAAAUGAUAGUAACAGUUUUAAUGAAGCUAUUGAGUGACUUUUCAUCAUGGACGUGAUGUGGACGAACCCGUCUAACUGUUCGUCAAACUGCAGUUGGGAUGCUAACGCUAAUGUUUAUACUUCGUUACCCCCCAUCACUAUUUUCCCCGUCCCGGUCCUCAUCGGUGUAACGGUCACCUGUGUGCUCUUCUUCCUCGCGGGAGUGGCGGGAAAUUUGACCACCAUCAUGGUGGUGUUCAAGUACAAAGAGAUGCGCACCACAACCAACCUGUACCUGUCCAGCAUGGCAUUCUCAGACCUGCUGAUCUUCCUGUGCCUGCCGUUGGACCUGUACCGGAUGUGGCGGUACCGGCCGUGGACGUUGGGAAAUGCACUGUGCAAACUUUUCCAGUUUGUGAGUGAGUGCUGCACCUACUCCACCAUCUUGAACAUGACGGCACUGAGUGCAGAGCGAUACUUCGCCAUCUGCUUCCCGCUCAGGGCCAAAGUCACAGUGACCAAGCGACGCGUGCGUGGGCUCAUCCUCGCGCUCUGGACCGUGGCCCUGUGCAGCGCCGGACCCGUGUUCGUGCUGGUGGGCGUCGAGCACGAGAACGGCACCGACUGGCGCGAGACGAGCGAGUGCAAGGCCACGGAGUACGGUGAACGCACGGGCCUGCUGAGCGCCAUGGUGUGGGUCUCGAGCGGGUUCUUCCUGCUGCCCGUCUUCUGUCUGACCGUGCUGUACGGACUGAUCGGCCGGAAACUCUGGAGGAGGAAGAGGAGGAGGAGGGACAGGAUGAAGAGCAGGGACAGCAGCAACAGGCAGACCAUCAAGAUGCUUGGUGAGUGUGUGGCACGUUGUGGAUGUUAUGUUUAUUUGUGUAAGAAUGUGUGUAAAUGUGAUGCACGUAUAAAAGUGUCCGUGAGGUGUAAAAUGCGUAAUGACAAAGCAGCAAGCAAUCAUUCAUUUUCUACAUACAUACUCUGUGCAAAUUAGGUACAGCGUAAAAAACUGACAAAUCCAAACAAUCGUCUCGAUUGAUUCCUCGGACAAAUCUAAUGGCUGGAGUGGUCCGACAUUUUUUCAGUUCCCCGCCCACGAUAUUAGUUCCGCUAUUUACUGUUUACAUAAACGUAAGAAAAACGUAUAACCUCAUUAUGGUUUCAUCCAUAAUGCAGAGAUUUUUGGUGCCUCUGGCGAGUGUAUGUAGCUUGUACAGUUAGCUCGCUUUGCUAAUCUGAGCUGAGAACCAAGCUAGUAUGACUUGAAGGAUACGGAUACUCAAGCAGCUACAUCCAGGAUGAAACACACACUAGAAUCUGUAAAGUGGUGGUUCUGUGAGACCGGUGCUCUUUUCACAGAGGAGAUAACAAAAUGUCCAGGGCAAGAGAUGAGCUACAGUCAGUACUUAACAUC